AUGAAAUUGUGGUUGGUUGCCCUGUUUGCCGCUCUUCUCGUUGUCGUCGUUUUGGCUGAUGAGGAAACGACCGCCUCCAAGGACAAAUCCAAAUCGUCCGAGUCAAACGAAAGCAAGGAAAAGUCGGUUAAAAAAGAAACACAAGUCGAGGGAAGCGGUGAAAAGGAAGAGACACUCACCGCAGCGAUUCCCGAACAAACCAUUGAGGGAUCGGGGGCCGAAGAGGAAAAGAUCACUUUGAAAACUCUUCUUUUAAUC